AUGGCUCAUCGACUGAAACAAUUUGAACCUUAUUACAAGGUGGAAAUCUUGGAAUUGCUGUCGGCAUUCACAUCUCAAGAACAUUAAUCAAUAUACAUAAACUAGGAGAAGAUCUUUUAGGCUAUUGUUGAAAAUAAGAAUUUCCUCUUUGGCCAUCUAAUGAGAAUUGAUUACUUAGACAACAAUCUUCUGGUUGAGUACAGAGUUUUUGUUGAACGGGAAUAUGAGAGCAAAUAACUGUAAAUUCAGGAGUUCUUCUUAAAACCUCAAGAAUAAUAACAAAGACAGAUUUUCGAUAACAAAUUUAUCGAUUUUAGAAUUUAACAAUAUUUUCUAGAACAACUAAGAUUAUAUGGAAAGCUAUGUCAAAAUAGAAAUUAUGCAUGUGUUAAGAAUCUUUAGGAGUUAUUGCCAAGAAAGGCCUUGUUGUAUUAUUUGGGAACUUCAAUAGAUGAUGAAAUUAAGGCCAUUUUAUGUUAGUUAAUAUUAAAUCUGUACAUUGAUCAAGAGCCAAGGAGUAUCAUAAACAAGCCAAGUUUCGUGAGAGUGUUGAAUACCUCUAAUUACAGUGGGAAGGAUGACAUUACCGAUAGAUUUAUAGAAAUCAAUCUUACAAAUGACAUUCAAGGAACCUAUUAGAUCAGAAAAUGGUUAUUAGAGUAUUUGAGGGCCAAAAUUGAAUAUUUGGAUGAUCCUAAUGUCAAUGAAGAUAAAACAACAAGCAUUUACAAUGAAUUAACAUAUGAAGUAAUUAGAUGUUUAAGUUUGAUGGUCAAAUUUGGAUUGUUUUCUAAACAUGCAAAUUAGUUGCUGUAAACUACAUUGAAAUUGAAUAAUCAAAAUAUAGAUUUGAAUAAUUUGUUUAACGAUUUGAAGAAUUUAGUUUGUUAUUUAGCAAAACUAUUGGAGUACGAUCACAAUUACUUUUAGGAAUUGAAGGUAAAUCAAAUUAAAAGAUCAUAUAUGGAAGAGAAGGAAGAUUUGAAAUACAUGAUAAAUUUAAAUAUUUUUCAGAAGGCUAAAGUCGAGGAAGAGGAAGAAGAACAAGGAACUUUGCACAAAGAAUAAGACCUUUCGUAGUCCUUCCCAUUUUUGAAGAGAUACACAAGUUUAUUCAAAUUAAUCAAAUACUUUACUACAAAAACAUGUAAAUUUUAGAAGCAAAGCAAAUUCUUUAUCUUGAUUAAAAAAGAAAUAUGUGGCAUUUUCCAAACUCUUUUAGAAUGGCGAGAAGAUAUUCAAAUUGGAAAAGCAAUCAAUUGGUUUCAGAAGAAGUAAAGUGAUUACUCAAACAUAGAGGAUGAAGAAAUAGCGAAUGAAAUUAUGCCCAGUUUUAGUAUUGAACCUGGCAAAUACAAUAAGGAUGAUGAAGAGGAUAACAUCCAUCAAGAAGAAGAAAUACAAGACUUUGAUCACAUUCUUGAAAGACCCUUUGUUGAAGUCCUGAUUUUGGCAUUCUAUUUUGCCUAGGAUCCCGAUUUACAGAAUUCAGUUGUCAAUUUGCUUUACAAAAGAUUUACAUAAAGGAAGAAGCUGUUGUUAAAUUUAAAAAAGGUGUCGCUUGUUUAGCCUGAUAACAAUUCCUAUAAGCUCUUAUCUACAUUAGUGAAUGAUAUUAAGAAUCAGAUCAGUUACAGUCAGUCUUGGUUAUAAAUAAUAGAAUCUAAUGUGUAUGAUGAGAAGGCAGAAGAAGCCUUGAAUUAGACUGUUGAAAAGUUUAAUUCAAUAUUGAAGGAAUUUGAACAAAAGUGCGAUGCUGAAUAAUUUAAUAUCAAAUAGAAAAUAUUUAAACACUUGGGAGGACAUAAGUUAAUAUUGAAGUUUUUAGAAUCAGGGAUCAGAGUCAUCUACUCCAAAAUCAAGUACUUCCACAUAUCCGCAGAAGAGGAGAAGGAGUUGGCUAACUUUGCCAUUACUCCCGGGUUGAAUAGGAUUAAAAAUUUACCUCCCUUAAGUUUGGAAUAGAAGAAGCCUGAACCUGCAGCUAUUGAGAAUUCAGAUCAAUAUUCAUACAGAAAAUAAUUCAUUCAGUAUGUUAUUAAGGUUUUUACAACUUCUCAUUAAAUUUUAAGUAAAUUUGCAGAGGGGAAUAAAAGUAAUCAAAAUUCAAUUUACAAGAUCUACGUAACAUUGCUAGAUAAGCCUGUUAGAAUUAAUAUUGGGUAGGUAGCUUUCCUCAAAUCCCUUUAUACUAAUAAUGUAGAUUUGUGUUUAAAACCCUAAGAUUAAUGCUUUGAUUAUGUUUAGCAUUUAAUAAAUGAUCAUGGUCAUCAAUAUGAAUUCUUGGAAGUGAUGCUUGUGUUUUUAAAGGCAUCGAAGGAGACAGAUUCAUAAAAAAUAUAAGUAGCCAUAAUGUCCAAGAUUCUAUCAAAUUACAAUUAUUUUGAUCCAACUAAAUAAAUCAUCCCAAAAAGGGAUUUGCCACUGUUUUAUGAAGACAAACGCCAAGAAGAAAGACAACUGAUGUUUAGGAAGAAAUUUAUCUAAUUGGUUAGCGGAUGCAUUGAAAGUGAAAUAAGUGUUAACUUUAUUGUUUAACUCCAAGAGAAUCUUUCAGUUAGAUAAUUGUUAUAAAUGCUAUUGUAUGACACGAAAUCUCCAACUGGGUCUUUGGAAAUGAAGGAACAAAUAUUUUCGAUAUUGAAGAUCUAUUUUGAAAAAAUAGACAAGGCCUUACAUGAAUUCUAAAGUUGCUGUGCUGAGUUUACUAAAUUGUUACAAACUGUAUCAUAAAAGAUGCAAUAGCCCAGGAUUUCAAAGGAAGAUCAGUCCUUCAUCGCAUUACAGAUAGUUAAAUUGGUUAAUGUGUAUUUUAUGAACUUUCUUAAAGAUAUUGGAAUGAUUUCAUUAAAAAUGUUAGCCUAAGACUAAAGUAUUCAAAAGGAGAAAUUCAUAUUUUAAUUUGCUUAGUAAUUGGUUACUGCUUUGCCUAAAUUUGAUAAAUUACCUGCAUACAAGGCAGGAUUCAUGGAAUUAUCCAAUAAUUUUAGUCUGCAUCUAUCUGAUGAUUAUUUCUCAUAAUUUGAGAAUAAUCAUUAGGAAAUUUAAAUUAAUAAUAAUCAACCAACAUAGUUAAUUUAAUAAUAAGAUUCCGAAUAAUUUGAUAAGUCAUCUUCUUAUGAAUCUUGGAAUGCGUUUGUCAAAAAAAUAUUAAAAAGUUCAUCAAUCAAGAAAGCAGUAUUGAGUGAAAGAAUGAAAUUCAAAGAGGUCAUCUUAAAUGUUUAAGACAUAUUUGAAAAGCCUAAGGAGACUAUGGAUAUUAGACUUAAGGAUCUCAUCAUAUCAAGGGAUGACAUAAUUGUUAAGCUGUUAAAUUACAUAGAACAUUGGAAAGUCAGGAAUGCCAGCAGACACACUGUAAUUUUCAUAAUAAAAUCGAUAAGAGCAUUGUUGUAGAUAAAGAAUGAGAAAUAACUAAUAAAGAUGUAAAUUCAUUUGGAUUCACUUAAAGCAACGCAAAUAGCUUUAAGACUCUAUUGGAGUGAUAAGGUAACUGAGGAUCUAUAUAUUUAUCAAUUAAUCAAGUGGAUUAUUUCUUUGUUAGAAGGUGGGAACAAAGUAAUUUAGAUGAGCAUUUUAAAUUUGAUGAAAAUGAACUCAGAUAGCGAAGCCUUUUUCUUAAAGAUAUACACAAUCCUAACAGAAUAUAUGACUUCAAUGAGAAAAAUGAGAAAGAAGGACGAUCAGAAGAAAAUUAGAAAGAGGAAAUUCAUCGCAAAGACAUUGUAGGUGAUACAAUUGUUAUGUGAGGGUCAUAAUAAUGAUCUUUAAAACUAUCUUAGACAACAAGCUAAUUCAAAAGUGUCAUAUGAUAUAGUGUCAUUAAUGGUUAAAUUGGUUAUUUCAAAUAGAAUAUCUGAUGCAACAUAUGAAUCUCUAGUGUAGUGUUUAGACACUUUAACUGAAGUAGUUUAAGGUCCUUGCAAAGAAAAUUAAGUUGUUAUUGUAACUAGUAAAUUUGUUUCUUGGAGUGUGGAUUUGUUAAAGGAAGAUCCCAAAUUAUUUGAAUAUAAUAAGAUAGAUAUUCAAUAGGUUAAAUUAAAAAGAUUGAAAUUUAAGUGUACUAACACUUUGCUUAGUUUAAUGGAGCUUUAGGAGGAAAAUGAUGAAAUUAUGAAUCUUUUAAUUCGAAGCAUCCCGAUCACUAUUUUAGUUAAUGAAUUAGCUAAGUUUUAUUUGUUAUACACUUCAUUCUAUAAGAAAGAAUAUGUGGUUGAGUGUUUUAAAACAUACCUGGAUGAGGGGGAUGAUUACGAAUUGAAGAAAAAGAAUGAAUGUAUUAUCGAGUACGGAUUCAACUUGUUCAUCAUAAUCAAUAUUUUAAUGUUGAAGAAUAAAAAGUCUUAAGAGGCGGAUCUGGAAGAAAUUCGUAAAUUAAUUGACGAGUAUUAAUUUGUCAACAAAAAAUCUAAUUAGGGGUUAGAAGGACUAUUAGAUCUUAAAAUAAAUAUAGAUCUGAAUAUCAAAAUCAAUCUGCCUUCUUUUGGUUAAGUGGAGGAUGAGGAAUCAAAUGAAUUGAAGAAGGCAUAGGAGAUGAAAAAGGCUUAAAAAGACGCAUACAAGUUCUUCUCAGAAAAUACAGUCUUUAUAGAGAUAGCAAGGGAUGAUUAACUCCAUAGGAUUUACUUCCCUUUAUUGCCGUAAUGUAAAAUGUUAUCCAAGGAAUCCAGAAAGGAUUUCUGUGAAUAGGUUGAUCAUUCAUCAAUUCGAGACAAAUUAGUGUAUUUGAUGACUUCUGCCGAUCAGAUGAGAAAAGUAAUGGAACAUGAGGAAUUAUUAAGAAAUUUAUUCAAGAGAUUGAAAGUUGUAGAGCUGAUUGCUACUCAUAAAUUAUUAUGGGAAUAAUUAGCAUUUGUUACAAAUGUUAUUAUUAAUUUAGUGAUUUUAUGCUCUUAUGGUAAUUAUGCAUAUACAGAUGAGCUUCCAACACCCUUCCCAGUGAGUUUUAAUGGUAUUAAAUUUUCACUAGAAUGGGUUCUGUAAAAUCAGCUAUACUAUGAUUCCACUCAACCUGAUUCUGACUUGUUGUGGGAUGCAAGAUUAAAUUAACCUCGUCUAUUUUAUGUAUCUGACUUUACUUGGACUAACACUCUCAUAGUAAUUUUAGGAUAUCUCAAUUUGGGAUUCUCUUUGUUAGUCAUUACGUUUUUUGCAAUAAAGAAGGCUCCACUUUUGAUUACUGACAUGUGGGUUGAAUUUCUUGGCAAACCUAUGGGGUGCAUAGAGAGAACUAUCAUGAGUUUUGUUAUGAUAGUUAGAUCAUUUAUUAAUUGUUUAGUUGACUUUGAUUUUGCUUACUUUUGUGGAUAUAUGGCAUGCAUUGUUGUUGGAUUAGUUAUCCAUCCCUUUGCAUUUGUAUUGUUAUUGGCUGACUUUCUGAGAAUAUCAACAUUGAAAAUUGUGAUAAAAGCAAUUUGGAUCAGUAAAAUUUAGAUGGGGUUAUCGUUUUUGGUGUUCUUGUUGGUUGAGUAUUAUUUUGCAGUUAUUGGCUAUUUAUUCUUUUGGGAUCAAUAUCAAAAUCAAUCCUGUUAAAUUAUGUGGAGGUGUUUCUUGUAGACAUUUGAUUAAACAUUCAAAAAUGGAGGAGCCAUCGGAGAUUAUUUAGCUGAUACACAACUGUAAGAUCCAACGGGAUCUUAAUUGCCUAUUAAUUAUUCAUUAACUCCAUAUCAAUAGGAUAGAUUUAUCUAUAGAUUUGUUUUUGAUGUUCUCUUCAAAUUUAUCUUAGUGUUCUUGAUCAUCAAUAUGGUUGCUGGUAUUAUCAUUGAUACUUUUGGUGCCUUGAAGGAUGAGAUGCUUGAAAAACAAUCAAAUCUAGAAGACUAUUGCUUUAUCUGUGGAAUUCAGAGUGAGAAAUUGGAUAAGAGUACUCAAUAUGGGCAUUAUUCACACAUCAAGAAGAAUCAUCAUAUGUGGAAUUACGUUUACUAUAAAGUUUACCUAUUUUUCAAACCUAAAAAUGAUUUAUCAGGAAAUGAAACCUAUGUCAAAAGACUUAUGAUUAAUAAUGAAAUUGAUUGGUUCCCAGUAAAAAAGGCAAUUGGGUUUACAGACGAGGACGAGGAAGACGAAGAGUAAAAUGAGGACAAUCUGUAGAUAAUUGAAGAAACCUACCAAGAGGUCUAAGAACUUGAAUAAUUGGCUCUAUCCACAAAUCAGAAAUUAAAAAUAUUCAUUUGA